CCUGCUCUGUGCCGCUGUCUGGGCAACAGCAGGGGUCUGAGAGUAGGAGGAGGAGGAGGGAGGAAGGCAAAGAAAGGACAGAAAAGAGACUGGAGGAGCCAUGGGGGAAGGACCCAUCUGAAAAAGAGAGGGACAGACAAGGGAGACAGAGGGAGGAACAGGACUAGAAAAGCCAGAGAGGUAAAAGAGAAAGGGGAGGGAGUAAACAGGGCUAGCUCAUCCAGAGCAGCUAACAGAGAAGUUGUGGGAAAGUAAACAGCAGGAGAAUUCCAGUCUGGGUUCACACACCUACUCUGCCCUCGUAGGAGACUCUGAAGAUGAGUGUGCUGGAGCCGGCACUGUGCUAAAAACACAGAGUUUAUGGGAGGUUACCAGGAUUAAAGGGUCACCAGGGAGUGCCUGAAGCUUCUCGGAGGACAGACUGAGGACAAGGAGUGAUCAUGUCUACUGUGAUGUCUCAGCAACCCCCGAAGGAAGACGAAGAAGAGGAGGAUGAGGAGCAAGGGGAAGAAUUUGUUUUUGAGGACAGCACAGAUGAGGAAAAACCUCAGGAGGAGAGUAAAGGAAGUAUCUCGGAAUCUGUUGGAUCUGUACAGUCGCCCAAAACUCAAACUAAUGACACUUCAGACAUUUUACAAACUCCGACAGAGCGCCCACAAGAACAGCAACUCUCGAAUACUUCACCUCCUGCUGGGCAGGAGGGAACUCUGACUACAGAGAAAGCAUCUAUUUCCACUGCAGAUGUUCCAGUUAGUGAGUCAUCCAGCUGGGCCUCAGCACCAUUCGAGCCUAAUUCCGAGCUCCGAGGCCUUCCCGUGGCGCACUCGACUGCGGUGGAGAGGCCUCUGUCAGAAGACGGCGGCAAAGAAAUUGUCAAGGAAAGCUCCAGCUCAAGGGACACCUCUGAAGUGUGUGUGGCGGAGACUUCAGAGGUGAUCUACGAUGACGUUCCAAGUGAAGAUCCCAUAUCGCCCGAUGAAGCAGAUAUGAUCUAUGAGGAUGUUCAGAGAGACACUGGACCAGCAGCUGCAGACAAUGGAUGGAGCUCAAGUGAAUUUGAGAGCUAUGACGAACACUCUGAUAAUGAUUCCAAAGUACCGACACGGAGCAAGCUCCCUCCUGAAGUCCGUCGGCUGAGGGAGCGGUGCGCCAGGACCAAACGUGAACUGGCUACGAAGCUAGCUGGCAAGCACAACUAUGAUAUCAAGGUUCAGCAACUCAUGAAGGCGGCAAGAAGCGGAACGAAGGAUGGGCUCGAAAAGACCAAAAUAGCAGUCAUGCGAAAAGUUUCCUUCCUUCAGAGAAAAGAUCAAUUGGAAGAGGAGGAUGAUGCAGGAUAUCUGGACGUAGCCGUGUCCGAACUGAAGCAUCCUCCCCCGCAGCUGAGCCCCAUGCCAGAGGGACUCACCAGCCACCAGGUUGUCAGACGCCAUAUCCUCAGCUCCAUCAUUCAGAGCGAGCGCAGCUACCUGGAGUCUCUCAGAAGAAUCCUGCAGGAGUACCACAGGCCAUUGUUGGAGGCUGAUCCACGCAUCCUGAGCCCACGGAAGAUCCGACCAAUCUUUUACAGAAUCAGGGAGAUCACACAGUGCCACUCCAUGUUUCAGAUUGCACUGGCAUCACGUGUGGCCGAGUGGGACAGCAGUGAGAAAAUCGGAGACUUAUUUGUGGCCUCGUUUUCCAAGUCCAUGGUCCUGGAUGUAUAUAGUGAUUAUGUGAACAACUUCACCAACGCCAUGGCUCUCAUCAAAAAGGCAUGCAUGUCCAAACCUGCCUUUCUGGAAUUCUUAAAGAAGAAGCAAGCAUCCAGUGUUGACCGGAUUACUCUUUAUGGCUUGAUGGUCAAACCCAUUCAGCGAUUUCCUCAGUUCAUAUUGCUUCUACAGGACAUGCUUAAGAAUACACCAAAGGGCCACGUGGACCGCCUGCCCCUGCAGCUCGCUCUGACAGAGCUAGAGAUGCUGGCUGAGAAACUGAAUGAACAGAAACGAGUAGCCGACCAGAUUGCAGAGACUCAACAGCUAGCCCGCAGCGUCAGUGAUCGCCUGCUCAGUAAGCAACUGAACUCGGAGCAGGGGUCAUUGGUUCUUUGUGAGACGCUUAUUGAGACUGUGUAUGGUGAGCGGGGACAAGUCCUGAAGUCAAAGGAGAGAAAGGUCUUCCUCUUUGAUGAUGUACUCGUCUGUGCCAACAUAAAUGUCAAGGGGCCUCCUGAUAUCAGCAGCCUGGUUCCUGUUGGUCCCAAGUACACCAUGAAGUGGAGUGCCCCCUUACAGCAGGUGCAAGUAGUAGAAGUGGGGCAGGAGGGGUCUCAAAGCAAAGACCCCUUCUUCCAACACAGCGGGACCAAAAGGUCAACGGGAGCCUGCUCUUCAGGUAAAGCCAUUCUGGGACCUCCUCGGCUCUACCAGGAACUGCAGGAGCUCCAACAUGACCUUUCUGUUGUGGAAGAAGUUACUCUUCUUGUGGGAACGCUACAGGGAACUUACCAGAAUCUGAACACCACUGUGGCCCAGGACUGGUGUCUGGCUCUGCAGAGGCUUAUUCGCAUCAAAGAAGAACAGAUCCAGAGUGCUAACAAAUGUCGCUUGCGCUUGCAGGUGCCCGGCAGGCCAGACAAAUCCGGCCGUCCUGUCAGUUUCAUGGUGGUCUUCAACACUCCCAACCCCCUAAGUAAGAUCUCCUGGGUCAACCGUCUGCAUUUGGCCAAGAUCGCACUAAGAGAAGAGAAUUCACCAGGGUGGCUCUGUGGAGAGGAUGAGGGGAAGACCAUGGCCCCGUUUUGGGGUCCACUCUUGGCCUGUCACAUGCCUGUGUUUGCUAUGAAGUCUCCAGAAAGAAAGCUUGAAGCUGCCCUGCACAAUCCUGUUCACUGCGCACUGCUGGGCUUCUCUGCAGCCAGUACCUCCUUACCUCAGGGCUAUUUCUGGGUGGCAGGAGGAGAAGCUUCCCAGGGGCAGAUAGAGAUAUUUUCCCUCAACAGGCCCAUGCCAAGGGCUGUGAAGAGCCUACAGGUCGGCGCCGCCGUCCGAUGUCUGGAAUACGUGCCAGAAACGUGUCCGUCUGAGGAAGAGGAGGCGGGAGUUCUCAAGUCGCCCUCGGGGAUCAGCGCUAACAUUUGUGUUGGAUUAGAUGAUGGGCGCAUACUAGUCUAUGGCAGUGUGGACACUGCAGCACAAUGCCUAUUGACCCUCCAUAACCCAGAGAGCUGCCCUGUGCUGUGCCUGAAGCAUUCCUCUCGGUUCCUGUUUGCAGGCCUGCGAAAUGGAACCAUGAUGGUUUACAGAAGAAACAGCAGCGAUGAACUGUGGGACGCUGACUCCCGUAGAUGUGUUAGCGUGGGCUCGGAACCAGUGCGGACUCUGUUGGUCCUGGACGACUCGGUUUGGGCGAGCUGUGGGAACUCGGUCACUGUAAUGGAUAUCUCCAGCCUGACGCCACAGAAGUUUGAAGUCCAUCCAGACCCAAUGAUCAGCGUCGCACACAUGGCACGAGCCGGUGGAGGAGUGUGGAUGGCGUUCUCUGAGGGUUCCUCCAUUCGUCUGUUUCACACCGAAACACUGGAGCUUUUGCAGGAAAUCAACAUUUCGACACGGUCAACUCUGCUGAACACCGGUCAAAAGAGCAUGCGAGUCACCAGUCUCCUAAUUUGCCAGGGGCUGUUAUGGGUUGGCACCGCCCAAGGCUUAAUCGUCACUCUUCCAGUUCCCAAACUGGAGGGCAUCCCCAAAAUAACAGGUAAGGGAAUGAUUUCUCUGAACGCCCACUGUGGGCCUGUGGACUUCAUCGUGGCCACCACCAGCACCCUGUCUCCAGAACUGCUGAAGAGGGAUUCUUUUGGGGACGCUCCAGACUCUGCCUGCGGAGGGGAAGACCGCAGCGACACGUCCUCCCAGGAGUCCCUGCAGCAGUCCGCUUCCUACCAGGGAGAAGGAAGAGGCAAAGGACGGGGGGUGCUGCUGCAGUACAAACUACGCUCCACUUCGGGGCUACCUGGACGCCCGCUGACGGCUCUGGGCGACGAGGCGUCCGACUCCUCUUUGGAGUCUUUGGAACAUAGUGUGGAGGACGGAUCCAUCUACGAGCUCAGCGACGACCCAGAAAUGUGGGUUCGGGGGCGUCCUUCUGAGAGAGACGGGGGACGCAGGGACAGAGUGAUCUCCGCAGCUGUUAUCUCUGGAGGCAAGGGCUUCCGUAGACUAAAGGAAAGAGGAGCGGCGGCAGGCACAAGCGGGGAGGGUUUAGAGAAUAUACUCAUGGUAUGGCAGCUCCCUCUGACAGUGUAAUAUUGAAAAUAUACGACAAGGUGAUGAGUAUUUAUAGAUGUCUGCCCAGCCUAGCCUUGAAUCACCUGUUACAUAAAUUCAAGGGAUUUAAAUAUAUGAUGAGAAGGCGUUGCCAAUGUUACAGAGCUUGACAUUUUAUGAUUUAGCCUGUGGCAAAGGGAAGCCGAGACAUGGCGUUUACAUGCCGGUACCGUUAGCCUGUAGAGCACUAUGUUCAUGGAUGUACGUCAUCAUCUUCGCGGAGGAGCGAGGCCAUCAUGAGCGAUUACACGUGAUUGUUUUGAUCUGUCUUCUUUUCCUGCCUCAGAUAGGACUGAUGCGCCUCAAUUUAACCUCAUCAUGACUACAUGUGCUCAGCCACAUUUAUUUCAUGUGAAGGACUUCCGUCUGAGCAUCCACGCUCAGCUUAAGAGACGCAGCCUUUGUUGAAUCAGCCAUGCUCUGCAGUGUUGGAGAUGGACGUCUUUUAUCUGAUCCUAUGGGAGAGAUCCCAUCUGUUUAGAGCUGAAAGCUGGGGACUACCACCGCAUCACAAAGCACAUUACCAUCACUUUAUUAGCUUUGCCAGCGUCUUCCCUCAUCCCGUACAAUGUGAAUGUACGAUACCUUCUAUUGUGUCUCAAAAUUGAAUCUUUGUUGUCUCAAAAAACGAAAGUAGCAAUUUCGCUUUUCCUUGUUUGCUGCAACUGUUGGAAGAAUGCACUUUGGUUACAGACAAUGAGCUGCAACCAAGAGCUUACAGUGCAUUUGUGGAGAAGGGUUCUGAUGGAACAGACUGGGCUGUAAAACUGAAGUGGAAGACAAACUGAAUUGGGAAAACAGAAUUGACGAGGAUCAAAGGGUGGAUAUUUUGGACUUUUCUCACACAACCAAAACUAUUUGCACUGGGCAAAAUUGUGCAUUGUAAUCGACUAUUAUUGUGAUUUUUUGUAAAUUCCAGAUUGCUCAUUCAUUAUUAACCAGAUAAAACAAAGUAUGAUCUGGUUUGAUACAACACAAGCCACAACACUUGUACUUGGAUUUGAAGUAAGACAUCAAAAGCGUCAGUGAUGAAAUAAAAAACAGCUCAGCGUGAACAGAGAUUCUACCUAGGAGACACAGCAGUUGGUACGUUUAGAUGCACAUACAGUUUCUAACUAAACACAGGUGUUUUACAUGUAAAGAAAGCCUAAAAUAUAUUAACAUACAGUACAUUCUUUUAAAGUUUCUGUAAUAUUUUCAAAGAAUAAGUCAUCUAAACAAGACUUUCUUCUGUUUUUAUGCUAAUAUUUGGUAAAUAUUUUUGUUUUAAUACAUAAAACAUUAAUGCAUUAUGCGGAGGAUAUGAGCAUUCAUAUAAACAUUUUAAUUAUCAUAUCAAAAUAGGCACAUAGAUCCUUUUGAAGAAAUGAAAAACAGCUUGUUUUAGAAAAUACACCUCUAAAGCCACAGAAUGUUGACAAUGAACUUGAAUAUGAGCUGAUUUAAGCAGCUCCUGGAGGUAUUGUACGUAAUAGUGCGACAUUUUCCUUAAUUUCUUAAUUUAAUACCGUGGAGGCUUGUCAGAACAGACUAUUGACAUCAGCAUUUAUCCAGCAGAUGUACAUGUUUUACAGUGCACGGAUACGAGUGUUGUUGACACAGCAGGUGAAGGCCACACUAGCGUCACACUGCAGCUUUGCAAAUUUUUCAAUAAACCAAGCAAUAGCGCUGUUUAUUGUUUUUCUCUGGCUCUGUCUCCAUUUUAGCUUUUCAUCUCCCACAAAGUCUCAUCUUAUUCCUUCAUCAUAGAUGAAGCAUAAAGUUCACAUUUCAUAUUUCCCUGAGGCAAAUUGAGGUUUAUUUGCUCUUCUUUUUCUUCUCACAACUGAGAUUCAAAAGCAUUUAACAUCCUGCUGUCAGCCAAUGUCAUUCAAGAAUGAGAUGAUAUAAACUGUCGUUGGGUGCUGUUAUUUAAAUGUCUCAGUGUAAAUCUCAGAAAUGUACUAUUUAAUUCAUAUCAGAUUGAAUGCUGCUGGAGCCCCAAUGCCCUUAUAGUCAUUAUGAUCAUUCAACUUCAACCAGAGGAUGAACAAUGUAUUCCUUCACAGCAGCUGCCACUGGGUUAAUAUUGUUUAUCCGUGAUUAAGUGAGAUUUCAAUCUACAUUUUUCAUGCGCUUAUAUGUCUAUUUAUCCAUGCACUGAAUAUUGAUAUCAAUGAAUGAUUGUACUGUACUACUAAUUAAAUCCGUUACUGUACUAAUAAAACCUGUAUCCCGCUUUGUAAAGAGGAAUGUUAAACAGUGUUGAUGUUUUAAACGAGGCUAUACGAGGCACAGUUUAUGCCAUUUUCCUGUGGUGUAAAACAAUUUAGUUCAUUGCAAAUUGGAUUCAGUUUUGUCUGUUGUGCUACGCAAUGGUUACAAUGUUAUUGCAGCUUGGAACGGAGGAGUAAAAUCUACAAGAAUGAGUUCCAGAGUAGACAGGAAAGACUCUAUAUGUGCGUCUAGAAGUAUUAAAAUUAAUGUCAUGACAGGUACAUGAAAACACAAUGCACUACUCCCUUUGGUACAGGAUUUACAUUAAUGUUACGUGUCUGAAGAUGUCUAACAAGCUUAUGUGAAAUUAAAAAACGGAAAUCUA